CAUCAAUCAUCACCAAGUCCGGUCAGUCUAGACAGGUCUGUGACAUGUGUUCUUCCCCUCGAUUGGCCUUGCGGCACGUCCACCCUUAGCUGCAAGCACAGAACAUGACGCGACGUCUGAGUCGCUUCUGGCAUCUGCCCGAGCGUAUUUAUCCAGCACAUCCCCCCGCUACCGCCUCUGCGUACGCAGGUCUGUCUUCUAGUUGCCUAAUUCCUGGCCAGCAGGUUGGAAGCAACGCAGGAAGCUUAGGUGCCCCUACGCGAAUUCUGUCAACAUGGAACAAUUGCACAAAUUACAGGCAACCAUUUUUCAAAAUGCUCCCACCGCUCCAGAUGGGCGGACGGAUGCCGAAGCUGCAGCCACGCCCUCGGUCAACCAGACGUCGCUACUCCACGAUUUAACCCAUCUAGGUCGGGAGAACGCCGCGACAAUGGUCCAGGCCUUCAACACAAUGGUGUCGGGACAGCCUCUGAACGAUAAAGAGCUGUUGCUCGAACAUGGGGUGCACAUGCUUCAGUCUCUCCCUCCCAACAGCGGGCUGGGCGCAAAUGCCGCUGGUCGGUUCAUCAAGAUGCUAUGGGACGACUUACCCCACCCACCGGGAACCGUAGCUGGCCCUACGACGAGAUACAGGAGGCACGAUGGAGGCAACAAUAACCUCUGGGACCCGGAGCUAGGAAAGGCAGGGUCAGCCUACAGCCGAAGUGUGCCGCCGAUGAAACCAAAAGGGCCCAACUUGCCAGACGUGGAACUCGUCUUCGAACAUCUGCUCCGGCGGAAAGAAGGCGAGUUCCGCAAGCACCCAUCCGGGCUGAACAGACUGUUCUUCUCCUUCGCCACGGUCGUCAUCCACGAGUGCUUCCAAACUUCAAGGGACAAGAAUUGGGUCAACGAGACGUCCAGCUAUGUCGACCUCAGCACACUCUACGGAAACACGGACAAAGAACAAAAACGGGUGCGGACGUACAAGAAUGGAUUGAUCUAUCCAGAUUCGAUCGCUUCCGAGAGGAUCAUGCUGAUGCCACCGGGCGUCAUUGCUGUUCUGAUGAUGUUCUCCAGGAACCACAACCACAUCGCCCAGACGCUCUUGUCCAUCAAUGAGCAAGGAAGCUAUGGUCAAUGGGACAAACUGACAGAAGCUCAACAAAAAGAGCAAGACGAAGACAUUUUCCAGCUUAGCAGAAACAUCAACGUCGGCUUCUUCGCCUCUGUGGUACUGAGAGACUACGUCGCCGCCAUCCUGAACACUCCCCGUGCCAAUUCUGAAUGGUCUCUCAAUUUGGGAGAAGAGAUCAAGUCUGGACAGGGAGGACGUGUGGAGAGAGGGUUAGGUAAUGCCGUCUCGGUGGAGUUUGCGGUUCUCUACCACUGGCACGCGGCACUCAGCGCAGCCGACGCCAAGUGGAUGGAAGAUGUCAUUAGUUGGAAUCUUCCACACAUCAAGUCCGUUGACGAAAUGACGCCCCAGCUCUUCUGGCAGAUGACAGGAAAAAUCACCAAAGACCUAUUGUCUAAGCCUGCUAGCGAAUGGACAUUUGGAGAUCUAAAGCGCGGUCCGGAUGGAAGCUUCGACGACGCCGACCUUGGCCGCCUCAUCAAGGACUGCAUCGAAGAGCCCGCCCACGCAUUCGGUGCUAAUGGGACACCGGCAAGUCUGAAGGUGGUGGAUCUCAUGGGCCAGCUUCAGGCCCGAGAGAUCUUCAACACCUGCACGUUAAAUGAAUUCCGGAAGUACCUCAACUUGACGGCGUAUAAGAGCUUCUCGGAAUGGAACGAUGACCCUGUAGUUUCUCGAGCUGCCGAGCUCUUGUACGGCCACAUCGACAACCUCGAACUAUAUCCAGGUCUGCAGGCAGAGUGUACCAAGCCGCCGAUGCCAGGUAGUGGUGUCUGUCCGGGUCAAACCACUGGACGCGGCAUCCUGGAUGACGCCGUAGCCCUGGUGCGAGGCGACCGUUUCCUCACCUACGACUUCAACUCCAAUACCCUGACCAACUGGGGCGUAUCUAAACUUGCAGACCUCCCAGGAGGCGCAUACGGAGGCAUUCUCGCCAAGCUCAUCUUCAACGGCCUUCCAGGCGAGUUCACCGGCACGUCGACAUAUGCUUUGAUGCCGUUCUAUACCCCCGAGGCCAUCAAAGGGAUCCUCGAAGGCAACAAAGUGCUGGCCAAGUAUGACCUGAAGAGACCUCCACCAAAUGUGAUGAGGCUCGUAGGGAUUCACACUCAAGAGGGUGUCAAGAAGGCCUUUGAAGAUCGCGAAACGUUCCACGUCAUGUAUCAAGCCGCCAUCCGCAACUGCACCGACGGGCACGAAUUCAUGAUCGGCUGGGACGAUCAGACGCGCCACGACCCACGUUCUGUCAUCCUGCACAAGGUCUUCUUUGAAGAGAACUUUGAGCAGAAUCUUACGCAGUACUUCCGAGAAACCGUCAGGAGCCUGAUUCACAAGAGCACUCUCAAGUACCCCGACAACCGAAGGUCGAUCGACAUUGUCAGAGAUGUGUGCAACGUCACGCCCAUCAUGUGGCUCGCGCGCCGCUUCGCCAUUCCGAUCAAGGACGCCGUCCACCCGCGCGGCCUGGUCACGAUUCCAGAACUGUUCGACAUCUACCUGGUCCUGUUCAUGUACCAGAGCUUCAACAUCCUGCCGGUCAACGAGUGGAAGUUGCGCGAGACGGCCGAGACGGUGGCGCCGAUCCUGAGACAGAUUUUUACGGCUCAUCUCCGCACUCAGCGUGGUCUCACGGAGUACAUCGUGGACUGGCUCGCCAAGGGUUCCGCGUACGAGGUCGGCCCCGACGCGGACCGGUUCUACCACGCCAUGAACAAGACGGGAUUGGAUAUUGGUGACAUGGUAGGUGAUUGUAUCGGCAUGGGCGCCCCUGUCGCGGGCAAUAUCACCCAACAAGCGUCCCUCCUCAUCAAUCUGUACCUCAGCGAGGGAUACGAGCAGUACAAGGCGCGGAUCGUGGAGCUUGCGCAGAAGGACGACGAUGCCUCAGACAAGGAGCUUUUGGGGUUCGUGUUCGAAGGCAUGCGCCACGCCGGUGUCGUGCCGGGCCUCCCUCGCGUGGCUUCCAAGGACGUCACCUUCGAAGACGGCGCGCGGGGCCCAGUCGACAUCAAGGCCGGCCAGUACUUGCUCAUCGCCACGUCCUCGGCCGCCAUGGACCCGGCCGCUUUCCCCAACCCUGAGAAGAUCGACCCGCAUCGCCCCAUGUCGUCGUAUACGCUCCUGGGCCACGGGAUGCACUACUGCUUCGGCGCCCGGCUGAUUGGACCCGCGCUCGUCGCCACGCUCAAGGAGGUCUUCCGCCUGAAGAACCUGCGUCGCGCCGAGGGCAAGUUGGGCCGCUUCAGCGUCAUCGAGCAGGACAUUGCGGGCGUCAAGGCCAAGAUCUAUCUCGACGCGAAUGCCAAGGAGUCGCCCAUCCCGACGACCUUGCACGUCCUGUACGACGAGGAGUAAUUUCAGCAAUUCCCCCCCGAAUGCUGGAAAGCGUGUUCUCGCCCUAAAUUUGAUGGGUAUUGGGCGUCGUUCUGGGGUUUGGGUCUACGAGGGUGUGCUCCUAGCACGUCGAGGACGUUAAUGGACUAAGGUGGACGAAGCUCAUGAAGUAAUGACCAUGUAAGGGCAGCAUUGGCAAUCAUCAAUUGAAAUAAGUGCAAAGAUA